GCAGCAUCCACAUCAAUUGCGACAAAAACUAUAAAAAUUAGCCAACUACUAACUCUCACUUCGACACUAUUCGCCAUCGUUCGCGAAUAACCUCCAUAUCUUCUCCGCGACACCAACUACGUGCUGCCAGCAUGCCCAAAGGCUUGGUUCCAAAACCAUCUGCAACGCCUGCGAACAGGUCUAUUUCAGCGUCAGAAAUUGCUCGAAAUGUCAAGACAUUCGAGACGUGGUCUUCCUAUAAUGGUUGCGAACAGGUCGCGUUCUCCGACCUACCCGAGUCAAUUAAAGCAGAUGUCUUUUCUGUUUUCGAUGUGAAAGGGAAACUUCCUGCAAGUCUAGUGACCAAGACGUCCAGCGUGUAUAAACGCGUUGAAAAGCUUGCGCCGGAGUUGCACAGGUUUCUGCUUAAGGCUAAGGACAGGAUGCCGAGCCUCUUUUCCGACAAGAACAAAAAGGUAGAUGAAUGGCUCUUAGAACUUGGGACUGUCUAUCUUGCUUGGAGCCAUCUCAACCGUAUGAAGGAGACAAAGGAACGCUGGUCCGAAUCUGACUUUGCUGCCAACGUAUACAGUCUUCUGCGCAGCCCAGCUAUGCGAGAGUGCUCAUUUCGGACACAGUGUUCCAUCCAGUUACCACAGCAUCUUCCGACGAAACAACCAAUUCCUCCUGCCUCGCGUCGAAUCAUCAGCACAAAAAUAAUUGUCCCAGACGGUUCGAUGUUCAUUCGCUCCGCUACUUUGCAGAAACUCUCGCGGACGAGAGGCUCAGCAUACAAGCGGAUUAAUGAGCACCCGUCAACUAAGCGAACCUGCGGACAAGAUGGUGAAGGAACAUUCCGUUACCAGGCAACGCCCGCUCUACGGCCACAGGCUACUCCAAUGUUUGAGUUUGUUGGUGCCUUCAUUGAAGACAAGAAGCCCAGCUGCGAUUCUCUUGAGCAUGCGUUCCGGCAAAAUAGGAUGGCCUGCGCUGGUGCGCAACGACAACUCCAGUCAUUCCGCAUUGAAUCACCUGUAUUUGGACUCAUAUGGGCUGAUGAGAAGGUGAAGGGACAUGUGGACUGGAGCCUUCAGGAAGGCGAGCAUCCUAAAAUCUACUCUGCUACAUUUCCAGGGCCUUCGGUCAUUGAGGAAGCUGAAUCGUCACUGUCAGCAGCUUCGCGGUCAACUGCGAACACCCAGCCUUCAGUUGACGCGUCUGACUUCUUCGAAUGGGACCUGUUCAAGCCUGCGGACAUGCUCUGCGUCUUUAUCGUCUUGCGGAAUCUCGACAGAUGGAUCGCGCAUGGAUUUCGUGAUAGAGUUUUGCGCGGAGUCAAUGAGUGUGCAAAAGCGGUUGUCCAGGAAGACAAGCCGUACAUGCCCUGGCGACGAGAAGAAAACGCGUUGAAACCGAAGAUUCUCCGGACGAGUUCGAUUACGAACACAGAGAAUACAGUUACUCCGCGAAGUAGCAAUGCUUCAUCCCUUCCUGGCCUUCCUCUAUCCUCCAAGCCUGUGCAAGCACCGGCUCCUCCGCGCAAGUCAACUCGGAGCAAGACUAAGUCACAGAACAUUCGUUAAUCGGAUCUUCCAAUUCAUCUGGCAGCAUAUAUCUCAUUUUACCCGCAUUUACUCACUUGCAUUGCAUCACAUUGGACUGAUGUCAAUUUCCCUCACUCACUCACAUACCGUGCGAUACCUCCCUCCC